AAUUACACAGAGCACAGAAGUGUCUUAGCCAGUUACAUCAACUUAAUUUCAAUCAAGCAUCUCACUUAUCACACACUCCUUUCUACCAAGGUGCUGAUGAACAACUCCCAGGAGACAACCUGCAUCCCCACGCAUCCACUCUUUUUCUCCUUUUCCACGUUAUCUCCCAAACCUUGCUGACAGCACUUCCAAUUCUCCCCAGCCUGCUGAAGCAGAACAGUUUGUUUCACUGGAAACAAACUGCUCAGAUCCACGUGGAACUUGGGGAACAUCCUCUGACACCCCUUCUACAGGCAGGAGGAUUCAUGUGUCACUAAAAAUGAGAAGCCCACAAGAUGGUCAGUCAGUGCUGGGGUAGGUGCGAAGCCCCUUGGGCUGCCAGCUGGAUGCAGUUUCUCUGCUGUGGAUUAAUUUCAUGGAUGCCAGCAGAUAAUAACAACUCUCAGUCACUACCAACUUGGGCUGCUUUGCUGUCUCCCUGCUGUUUUAAAAGAGCUUUCAUUCUUGCCACAGAAUGUUGGGAGCUGAAAUAGGGGGAUGUGAAGGGGGAGAGACAAGCCACAGCUACAGGGAUCUCAUGUACCAGACAGAGCCUGAAGUCCUCCGGCAGUCCGUCCUAGGAGUUUUCUUUGUGCACGACCAGCAAAACCUCAUCCAAGGAAAGGAAGCAGGAAUAAUUGUGUGGCCAGACGAGAGGAGAAAGCGACCUGUUUAACUUGCUAACAAAUUUGUGGCAUCUUAAUCAAUCCUCACAGGGAUGGAUUAUUGGGGUGUCUGAUCCCAUGGACAUGAAAACCGUGUGCAGAAGAAGCACCACUGCCCUUCUCUGAGUUAAACCCGUCCCAGACAGAAAGGAGGAGCAGAACAGAAGUGGGGAAGGCAGGAGGUGCGCAGACAUGUCCAAGCUGGCGAUCUGACCCAGGCUCGGCUCCAGCAGGGCACCUCUGAAAAAUAUGACAAGAAAAUCAUGACUGGCCAUCAGCAUUCAGAGCUGUCACCAAGCUAGCAUUAGCUCUCUGCUGCCUAACACCAGGUGGACCUGGAGAGACCCACUCUGACCUGCUCCAGCAUUGCAGGGAAACCUGUCGUUUGCAAGAGGAUGUUCAGUUCACAACCACGGGGAGCUGUUUGCUUGGGGAUAAAACAAAGAGGCCCAGAGAAAGUGCUGGAUCCGAAUGGAUGCGCAAAGAUCCAUGUCUGGAAGAGAAGAGCCAGCUAUCUGCCAAAGCCAUCAGCCUGCAAGUGCUCGCAGGAACUCGUGUGCUUUCCCUGCUGAUCUUGCUGGUUUAGUAAGGAAAAGCAGUCCUGGCUGCAGAGGAUGUCUGGUGCUCACAGGAGGGACAAAGCAGAUCCAAAACUGUAGCAUCGUGGCCACCCAGAGAACACUGGAUCCAGUCUGGUCACCCAAAUACCGCCUGCCUGCAGCAUCUGAGCAAGGCUCAGACAAAAGAAAACCCAUCCAAACUGUGGGUUUAUGUUUGUUUUCCACGCUCCCUUGUUGAAAUUCCAUGUCAAAGAUUUACAAGUCCCUGGAGGGGAGCAGGGACUGCAGCCGAGAGCCCGCUGCUUUGCCAUCGCUUCUGUGUGCUGGAGUGAGCCGGGGCAGCUGCCGGAUGACGCUGGAGGCAUUGUGCUGCCGGACAGGUUUUCAAAUAAUCCCAGGAAAAGAGUUAACUGGAGCCUCUGCCUUAGUCUACAUCCACUGCAAAGCACGUGGAGCCAAAAGCUGUCUUUCCUGACACCCUUGAUUGGAAGCUUGGAAAACUACUACCACUUUCACCACAGCAAGACAUUUAAGCGCUCCACGCUGAGCAGCCGGGGACCGCACAACUUCCUCCGCAUGGACCCCAAGGUGGACUGGCUGCAGCAGCAGGAGGUGAAGAGGAGGGUGAAGAGGCAGGUCCGAGGGGAGCCACACAUCCUGCCCUUCAAUGACCCAGUGUGGCCCAACAUGUGGUACCUGCACUGCGGUGAUAAAAACAGUCGGUGCAGGUCGGAGAUGAACAUCCUGGCAGCCUGGCAGAGGGGCUACACAGGCAAGAAUGUGGUGGUCACCAUCCUCGAUGACGGCAUAGAGAGGAACCACCCCGACCUCCUGCAAAACUAUGACCCUCUUGCAAGCUAUGAUGUUAAUGGGAAUGACCACGACCCAACUCCACGCUACGAUGCCAGCAAUGAGAACAAGCACGGCACUCGCUGCGCAGGGGAGGUGGCGGCGGCGGCGAACAACUCCUACUGCAUCGUGGGCAUCGCCUACAACGCCCGCAUCGGAGGCAUUCGUAUGUUAGAUGGAGAUGUAACAGAUGUUGUUGAAGCGAAGUCGCUUGGCAUCAGACCCGAUUACAUUGACAUUUACAGCGCGAGCUGGGGGCCAGAUGAUGAUGGGAAGACAGUUGAUGGACCUGGUCUAUUGGCCAAACAGGCUUUUGAGCAAGGCAUUAAAAAGGGUCGCAGGGGACUGGGGUCCAUUUUCGUCUGGGCAUCGGGGAACGGCGGCAGAGAGGGCGAUUACUGCUCCUGUGAUGGCUACACCAACAGCAUCUACACCAUCUCCAUCAGCAGCACCACCGAGAACGGCUACAAGCCCUGGUACCUGGAGGAGUGUGCCUCCACCCUCGCCACCACCUACAGCAGCGGGGCGUUCUAUGAGCGGAAAAUUGUCACCACUGAUCUCCGGCACCGCUGCACCGACGGCCACACCGGCACCUCCGUGUCCGCCCCGAUGGUCGCAGGCAUCAUCGCCUUGGCUUUGGAGGCAAACCCCCUGCUCACCUGGAGGGAUGUCCAGCAUCUGCUGGUCAAAACCUCGCGGCCGGGGCACCUGCGAGCGCCCGACUGGAAAACCAAUGGAGCGGGGCACAAAGUUAGCCAUCUAUAUGGCUUUGGGCUGGUGGAUGCUGAUGCUAUUGUGGUGGAAGCCAAGAAGUGGAAGAUGGUUCCUCCCCAGCACAUCUGUGUGGGAAGUCUGGACAGGGUGCCCAAGUACAUCCGAGCUGACCACAUGCUGCGUGCCAGCACCCUGAGCAGCGCCUGCGCCGAGCAGCGGGACCAGCACGUGCUGUACCUGGAGCACGUCGUGGUGCGGCUCAGCAUUGCCCACCCACGCCGGGGGGACCUCCAGAUCAGCCUCAUCUCCCCCGCCGGGACACGGUCACAGCUCCUCGCCAGGAGGGUGUUUGACCACUCCAAUGAAGGCUUCAAGGGCUGGGAGUUCAUGACUGUCCACUGCUGGGGGGAGCGGGCGGCGGGGGAGUGGACCCUGGAGAUCCACGACACACCAUCCCAAGUGCGCAACCCCGCUGUGCAAGGGAAGCUGAAAGAGUGGAGCCUCAUCUUCUACGGGACAGGCGAGCACCCCUACAGCGCACUGAGUGUGCCCCAGUCCCGGGGGAGGUCACUGGAAGUGCCAGCAUCGGAGAUGGAGCCAUCGAGAGCCGCCUUCCUGCAGAGCCAGGUGGAGGUGGCGGAGGAGGAGGAGGAGUACGCGGGUCCGUGCCACCCUGAGUGUGGUGACCAGGGCUGCGAUGGCCCCAACGCUGACCAGUGCUUGAACUGCAUCCACUACAGCCUGGGCAGCGUGAAAACUGGCAGGAUGUGCGUGAGCUCGUGCCCUGCUGGGUUUUUCGGUGACAACGGCGCCCGGAGGUGCCGGCGGUGCCACAAGGGCUGCGAGCGCUGCGUUGGGAGGGGACCGAGCCAGUGCACGGCCUGCAAGAGGAACCUCUACCACCAGCCCGAGAUGGGCACCUGCGUGCUGCUGUGCCCGCCCGGGUUCUACGCCGAGGAACGUCAGAAACGCUGUCUGAAAUGUCAUCAAAGCUGUAAAAAAUGUGUUGGCGAAGCAGACAAAUGUACAGCAUGCAAAGAGGGAUUCAGCCUGGCAGGGGAGAGCUGUGUGCCAGAGUGCCAGCCUGCCAUGUACCUGAGCCGGGAGCCACGGCGGUGCGAGACCUGCCCUGCCAGCACAGGGCCAGGUGAGGAUGACUGCACCCCCUGCACCCCCGAGGGCUCUGCACCCCACUGGCGCUGUGUCCCCGCCUGCCGUGAGGGUUUCUACCCCGCCAACAGCCACGGGCUGCCCAACAAAGUCUGCAAGAGGUGUGAUGACCACUGCUCAGCCUGUGAGGGCUCCAGUGGAAACUGCCUCAGGUGUAAGGAUGGCUACAGCCUCCUCGGUGGCUCCUGUGUGACAAAUGAAACCUGUACCAACGCUGACAAGACUUUCUGUGAGAUGGUGAAAUCAAACAAGCUCUGUGAAAAGAAGCUGUUUGUGCAGUUCUGCUGUCAGACGUGUCUUAUGGCCGGGUAAAGUUCAGCAGCUGCAUCCAUCCAGGACUUCCACUGACUGCCAGCCCAGUUUUGCCAAAUGUUUAGGACAAAAGUUUAUUUUUUCAGCUUUGGGAGAGUUUACAUGGUGCUGUCAAGCAUUUGCUCGUAAGUUUGAUAGCUUUAAUAUCACUGUCGGCACGUUUCUAUAGCAAUAUGUUAAGCAGAGAUUGGAGCGUACCCUGAGUGAUCAAGGCCUGGAAGCAGCAGACAAGUGGUGAUAUUAACACUCUCAAACACUCCUGGUGAGCAGGGACCAAUGCAUGAUCCAUGUACACACGCUUGGUUCUUCGCAGAAAUCCUACUGAUCCGCCCGCUCCGAGCGGCCGGCGGGAGCCCUCACCACAAGGGAUGCAGGACUUCACACACCUGCGAGGAAAGAGCCAAUUCUGGCUCAUUUUUGGUACCCUUUUGUGCCAGGUGCCAGCUGAUCUAAACCUGCAUUGCCAGCGCCGUGCUCUGUACAUAGGUCAAACGAUGAACCAGGCGGCUCCGGAGCGGGGCCCCACAGCCCUCUCCGGCACUCCUGUUCGGAUUCGCUCGGUCACUGCUUCCCUCUGGCCGUGGCAAUAACUGGAGGUUUGAGGACCAAAGCCAGAGCUGCCCCCCGUGGCUCUGCAGGUGUGUCAGCCCAGCAGGGCUUUGCCCUGCAGGUAACUGCAGCCAGGCAAAAGCCGUGUGCCUACAAGGAGUUGUAGGGUUUGGGGGUGGCGGGAGGGGUUUGUCCACACAGACCAGCCUUACCACAAAAUGUAUUUCCCUCCUGGAACUGCUUGUACAUUGCUGAUUAAGUCAGUUCUGGAACAAGCUAAAUCCUUCCUCUAAACGAGAUGUUGUCCCAAUUAAUCUUUCUUGGCAUUUUGCGUUACGAUCCUCCCCCUGUUUCGCUGGGUACACCCCUCUCUCUCUCACAAAAUCCUCCUGUUCAUGGCAGUGAUUUUUCUUGGGCAUCUAUUUCCCAAAUGAGACAUUCCAGGGAUCCAGCCAGGAAACUUAAUUCUACAAAACCCUUCCCCAAACAAACCUUUUCAUGCUCUAUCUUAAUAGUAAGUCAUGUGGUGUUUAUAUAAUUGUGUUUAAAAUAUCCUUGGCUAUGUUGUUUUACAGAUUUUUAAAAAAUAACUUAUACAAUCCUUGGGUUUUUUCUCCGUGGACUAUUUUUUAUAUGGGAGUGGGGUAUCUUUUUGUGUUUUAUUCCUUCUCCUUUUCUCCUCUCUGACCCUGCAAAGCCACUCUUUGCACCAGAUGUAUGUAAACACUCUUUCCUACGCUGCAUGUUCUGAUUUUCAUUGUUAAUAGUUUUAAUGAGUUAAACCUUUCUCCAGUGAAAUUCCCAGUACAAACUGUCACCAGUUCCACACGGAGCUGGGAUAAUCCCUGCUUGGUUUCGGCUGCAACGACACCUGCCCUGCCUGGGCUUGCCCACAAGAGCUCACCUCAGCCAGGUGAGGAGGUGAAAGCCACACUGUCUCCAGCCCUAACCUGCCUGGACCAAAUCCAAGGAAAGAUGAAGCUUUGGUGAACUGAUCUUUAAGUUAAUAAACUAUUGAUCUCCCCUGACAAAUGAAUCUGUGCUUUUUCCAAAUUCAUGCAGCCCUGAAUGGAGACACUGCACGUCCUUACUUUGCUGGACAAAACAGCUCCUCCUGCUCAGCUCAGAGCACUUGUGGGAGAAAUGCUCAGGAACAGAUGAGCUGCAUCUGCAAAAACCUCACUUUUGUUGUUGUAAAGGUCUUUUUACCUCCAGACAAAACUCAGAUUCCGAAUACCUGCCCUGUGCCAGGCUGGGCUGGUGCACCCAGGGCCAUCUUAGUAUGGUUUGGGGCUGUGCUGGGGCAUGGGUGGGUGUAUUCUCCAGUGUGGGGGAUCCUGGCUGGCAGAAGGGCUUGCUCCCCUUUCCCACUCACACAAGGAGCAUCCUGAGCCCUCCAGUUCCCAACUGUUCCCAGCAGCUGGGAACCACAGGGCCACUGUUCCUUGUUGGCUGUCUGCGAAGGAGAGGAGCCGCUGGUGUGGUUGGGGAAGGGAGGGAACUGUGGAACCCUUUGUUUGUCGUGUUGGUUUUGCAACAACCAUGGGCCAAGUGCCCAGGGUAGUGCCUGGAUAUCUGGAACUGAGCUUUUUAAGUGGGGAAAAAAAGAAAAGAAUAGAGCCUUCCCACAAGGGAAGAUGCUUUCUCAGAGAUGUGCAGCUGUGGAUUCCUGCAUUUUGUUGGUCUUCACAAUCAUCAGAUGAUGAAUAUGAAUUAAUCACAUACAAUGAUUCCUUCUCUUGGUGCAGGAUUUCCCUUUCAGUCUCAGGCCAAACCAGAGGUCAGAGCUGGGGUGACACACUCCUGGCUUCUGCCCCUUUGGUUGGAAAAUACCAAACUUCAUUUCUCCUGCUGUGUUAGUGAAAAAACAGGAGCUGUGGAUCAGGAGUACUGUGCCAGCCUUUCAGUUCUCUGGCUCACAGCAGCCUGCCUCUAAAUACUGCUCCUUGGUAUAUUUAGAUGUACUGAAAUUCUACAAAGAAAUGAAAAUGCUUACUCUUACAUCUUGACAUAACUUAAAAUACACACUGGGGAAGGCAAUGCAAUUUAAGAUGACCAGUCCCUAGCAGUCCCAGCUCUAUCUUGCUUUCUGCUGCCUUCCAGCCUGCCAGGGAAAGAAAAACAAAUUCUGCACAUUGAAUUCAUGCAACAACAUCAGCUUCCAGCGUUUCCCUCAGAAAUCAUUCUUGUAAAGUAAUAAAAUUCAGAUUAUUUCUCCAA